CUCUCUACUUCUCUGUUCAAUAUUUACAGAGUAAAUAUUGAGUAACAGUCCCGAACCAGAGUCUCUCUGUCAGCAGAGCGAGAGCGAGCGAGAGAACGGAAAUGGCGAACAAGUGCUUCGAUUUUUCAGAAGCAAACGGCCACAACAUCAUCACCAGCGGCCAUUAUCCCUCGAUCCCGUCUCCUUCUUCCUCGUCCUCGACCGGCAUUGUAAACGCGGACAUGGGCUCUCUCUCGCUCGCCGCAGCCACCGCCCACCAUGGCCUCGCCGAUCUCCUGGGGACGACGACGAGCGACCCCAUCGAUGGUCGCAGCCGGAAGGCCCACAGUAACAGUGUCAGAGAGAGCAAUAGCGCGAGCGACGAGCACGAUGGCGGGAAGGUCAACGGAGAAGCCGGCGGCCAGUCGAAGCUCUGCGCGAGAGGCCAUUGGAGGCCCGCCGAGGACGCCAAGCUCAAGGAGCUCGUCGCCCUCUACGGCCCCCAGAACUGGAACCUCAUUGCAGAGAAGCUCGAGGGUAGAUCAGGGAAGAGCUGUAGGUUGAGGUGGUUCAACCAGUUGGACCCGAGGAUCAACCGGAGGGCGUUCACGGAGGAGGAGGAGGAGAGGCUGAUGCAGGCGCACCGGGUGUACGGAAACAAGUGGGCGAUGAUAGCCCGGCUCUUCCCCGGCCGGACCGACAACGCCGUGAAGAACCACUGGCACGUCAUCAUGGCCCGCAAGUACCGGGAACAGUCCACCGCGUACCGGCGGAGGAAGCUAAGCUUGUCCCAGCCGCCGUCGUCCGGUUUCGCCAGAUUGGACGAAGCCCCCGCCGGCCAUCACGAUCGGGACGACUACGAAGACGCAUCUGCGAGGACACAUUACGCCGCGUCGUUUGGUUACGUGGGGAUGUCACAUUGGCCAAUGAGGACGACGGCAUUUGAUCAUCAUCAUCAUAAUCAUCAUCAUAUUCUUGGGUCGAGUCCAACGAGCAAUGAUGGAGAGAUACUGGCGGUUCAGAAUGGAUUUGAUUUUCUCGCUGGUCGGGACGACAACGACGACGACGAGAUGAGGACGAGCUUGUUCAACCUCCAAACAAAACCCUGCGCGAACCCAUACGGCGCUUGUCUCCACCCUCCCCCGUGGCCGCCGGCGGCGACGCAGAACCACCGCGUGCUCAGGGACCCGUACGCCCAGUACUGUUGCUCGGACACGAUCUCGUCGAUGAUGGCCCAUCAGGUCUCACCGCCGCCGCCGCCGCCGCGUCCGCGUGAAUCCGAAGCUCCAUCGCCGCCGUCGUCCUCGUCGUCGCCACCAUUCAUUGAUUUCCUCGGAGUCGGAGCCACGUGAAGAAGGGAGUUCGGGAGGAAAAAGGAAAAGCCUUCUUCUGAGAUUGGCUGGUGGUUGGGGGGGAAUCGAAUCGUCAGCGAGGAGGACCUCCUCAAUGGGGAUCUGCUCCUACAUAAUGGAGAGAGCCAUUAGAGGUAAAUCUGAAAAGAUUGUUUCUUGCUGGACGUGUCAGCAACCGAGAAAAAGCCAAAAUGCAACCAACCCCCCAGAAAAGAACGAAAAAAGAAAAGACGAAAUCGAGAAAAAAAAAAAAUGAAAACCGAAAAAGACAUGCCUUUGCGUUUUCUCUAUGA